UCUUCCUUUUGCUAAUAUAUAAAUCGUUUUCCUUUUUAUUUGCAGAUGUAACAAAUUUAGAAUAUGUGAACGUCGUCGCCGAAGCAGGCAAGAAUGUAACAAUUCUCUGUCCGGGCGUUUCGGAGCACUCGCUUGUCGAUACUUUGGUCUGGAAGACCUCUACAACAACAAUAGCACAGUUCGCUAAUCGGAUACAGCAUUUACAUAGUCCAAGAAUUCAACUUCUUUCGGACAAUUUUGGCCUACAAUUUAAUCCUGCCAUUGCCAGCGAUACCGCUGAAUAUUUUUGCCUCGUCAAUGAUCGUCACAUACCGGAGGCGAUUGUGGAUCUGCUCGUGCAAGACGUUCCGGAUCCACCAGAGCGACCUCUGCUAAUUAGUUUCACAUCGCGUUCUGUGAAUCUCUCCUGGGCGCAUUCUCAGCAUCCACGCAAUGCACCAGUGACGCAUUUCGUUAUUGAAACCCGAGUCGGCGAAAAUGGACCUUGGGAUCAAGUACCRCAAAUUUUAACCAAAUCAAAUCAGACAUCAUAUCAAGUCAACGCGCUAAUACCCUUCACCGUUUAUAGCUUUCGCUUGCUGGCGGUGAAUAAGUUGGGUAUAAGUGCACCGUCCAAGGAAUCCUACUACAUUGUCACAUUGCGCGAGG